CAGGAACAGAUCCUUUCAAGAACGUCCUACGAGACCGCCUAGAAAUGGAUAUCUUGCUGGAUUUUUGGCUCGAUGUAGCACAGGCGGCACAUUUGUAUAAAAGAUACAUUCGACACCAGGCCAAGCAACUACCUUGUCUGAAUAAACCUCAUCCCUCGGAUCUGACACUAUCCGACGGCAGAACUUCCACCUCCUCCAACUUUCCCGAUCUUCUCACACGCAUGUUACUCAUCCAACCGCGUCCAUCAAUGGCAACGACUGUUCAUUCGGCCACAUCGACACAGAGCAGCAGGAGGCCGACACAGGAAGAAAUGGCAGAGGUCAUUGAACGAAUUUACCUAAGAUACAUUGUACCUAACGCCGAGAAGGAAAUAACCCAGCUUCCGUCAGAGAUCAGGCAGGCCAUCACGCACCAUUUCUCUAAUGACGAUUAUCUACACCAUAAGCGGCUAGGACCCGAGGAUCCCGCUAUCUUUUUACAGGCCAAGCAGUUUGUCUAUCAGCAGCUAGAAACAACUUUCCCUUUGUUUAUAAAGUAUAAAGUAUUCAUGAACCUUACACUUUUUCAGCAAGUGGGCCGUUUAGCACUCGGUUUGUUUCUUUUAUUCAUUGGCUUUUCACUUGAACUCUCCUUGAUCUUUUUAGAUGUGUUUCCAUGGCAACAGCGAUUAUGGGUAAAAUAAAACAUCUGUAUGUUUUGAUGGGGAGACUUAUUUUUUGUUCUGUAGGGUAUUUUACCGAUAGGAUUAGGUGUAUUUUCGAUUGUUACUUCUGUUAUCGGUAUCGAUCCUAUAUGGGUUUUAUGUU